CUCCCGGCAGCGAACAUGGCGCCUCCCGCUCGGUACUGCGUCCCCGGCGAGCGGCUGUGCAGCACGGAGGAGGCCACGGCUGGCAGCGGGACUUACACCCGGCACGGCUUCAUCUUCUCCUCGCUGGCUGGCUGCCUGGAGAAGAGGAGCGAGGACAGCGGGCUGCCCGUUGUGUCGGUGGUGAGAGACACCGAGUCCCAGCUCCUGCCCAACGUGGGGGCCGUGGUGAUGUGCAAGGUUUGCAGCAUUAACUCUCGCUUUGCCAAGGUGCACAUCCUGUACGUCGGCUCCACGCCCCUGAAAUCCACCUUCCGGGGGACCAUACGGAGAGAAGAUAUUCGAGCCACGGAGAAAGAUAAGGUAGAAGUGUACAAGAGUUUCCGCCCCGGUGACAUAGUCCUGGCCAAAGUCAUCUCCCUGGGGGACGCGCAGUCCAACUACCUGCUGAGCACGGCGGAGAAUGAGCUGGGCGUGGUGGUGGCACACAGCGAGGCAGGGGUGCAGAUGGUGCCCAUCAGCUGGUGCGAGAUGCAGUGCCCGCAGACGCACACCAAGGACUUCCGUAAGGUGGCCCGUGUGCAGCCCCAGUUCCUGCAGACCUAGCAGCCCCCGAGGAGCUGCAGGGACCCUGCAGGGACCCUGCAGGGCGAGGGGCUGCCGGGCUGGGCUCCGUGGGGCCAGAGCAGCCUCUCCUCCACACGUGCGGGAGGCUGGAACAGCCGGACAGGCCCUCGCUCGCAGGAUGGAUUUUCUAUUUCUGGAUAAUAAAUACUUUUUGAGA